AUGCGUGUUGCAGACAGACUGGAAGCGGAAGCAAAGAUGACUGUCCACAAUCUCUACAUUUUUGACCGAAACGGAAACUGUCUUUUUUAUAACGAGUGGAACCGUAAGAAGCAGGCGGGAAUCUCCAAAGAUGAGGAGUUCAAACUCAUGUACGGGAUGUUGUUCUCCAUCAAGUCCUUCGUCAAUAAAAUGUCUCCACUAGACAUGAAAGAGGGCUUCUUGUCGUUUCAAACCAGUAAAUACAAACUUCACUUCUACGAGACGCCGACAGGACUGAAGUUUGUGCUGAACACAGAUCUGAGUGUUUCCAACGCCCGAGACUCGCUGCAGCACCUGUACAGCAACAUCUACGUGGAACAUGUGGUGAAGAAUCCUCUGGUCCCUGAAGCUCAGACUCUGGACUCUGAGAUCUUCUGCUCCAAACUGGACUCGUUCAUCAAAGCCCUGCCCUUCUACAGCCCCAGGGCGGCUUAG